ACACCCACUCAGGUUAUCUCGCGUGAGCAUUAAGAUGGCGGUUUUUCUUCGUUGGGUGGUGGUGCUCUGUGCUGUGGGUGUUUUGUCUGCGGAUUCUGGGUUCGUGGGACAUCGAGCUGCCAAUCGUGGCAUGAGGGCGAUCGAUGAUGAGGAAUUGCCCCCAUCUACGGUCCCAGCAGGUGUCACCUACGAGGUGCAGUGCGUCAAUGAGAGGAUGUCUGCCAAGAUCGCGAAAAGCGUCCUGCUGGGCUACGGCGCUUCUGAUCUCGUCAUGAACUCUGCAACUCCUGCAUGCAAAUUGUCGGAAACUGGACCGUACAUCACGUUCAAUAUCUCGCUCGGAGAAUGCGGCACCUUCUUUGAGGAAACGAGCACAGACCUCGUCUUCUCUCAAACGAUUUCUCUGCCCAGCACCACGUUUGGCAUCAUCACCUACGACUUCGUGUACAUCAUGGUCAAUGCAAUCUGCAAGAUUCCAAGGACGAAGCUCUUGUCGUCUUCGGCACUCCAGCCCAACAGCACAAAGGUUGUGCUCAACCAAACCGUGUAUGCUGAACUGGAACUGAAGAUGGAUUUCUACAAAAGCUUUACGUUCCUGGCGCCAUACCUGCCCACCGACUACCCCCUAGUGGUGCAGCUGCGCCAAACCCUCUAUCUCCAGAUGUCCCUCAAGACUGGCCUCGGCCUUACCCUGUUCACCGUCGACCUGUACGCAACUCCCACCAGUGACCCCCUUGAUCCGCGGAAAUACUAUCUCGUGAAAGAGGGCUGUCUGCGUGACAGCACCGUGAACGUCACCAUCACCGCCACUGCCCGCCGCUUCACCUUCCCAGCCUUCGCCUUCACUGCUCAAGAUACAAAAUACGUGUACGUCCACGCUGCAAUGAUAGCUUGCAAGGCUUCUUUGACUGCCUCUCGCUGCCAGCAAGGAUGUCUGGCCAGGAAGAGGAGGAGCAGCUUGGGAACCGUGGAUACCCCGGUCUACAUCUUCACCAGAGGACCCUUUGUCUACAGCGAGGAUGCCGCCCUAUCCCGCUCGGAGAUCCUGAACUACCCUGGUGUGGUGGCCAUUGCAGCAGUUGCUUCCAUCAUCCUCUUGGGCCUGGGCUUUGCUUCGAAGAGGAUGCUGGCUAAGAAGUGAUGCAGAUGUUUAACAUGUAUUCGUGCCAUUGAAUAAAGCAAAGAUUCAAAUGAAUAUAUUGGCAUGAAUGGUGCUUGUUGCACAACGGCUCCACCUAGUCGCCUUGCAUGCUUGUCUCCUGGUUAAAAACUGAAAUAAACACUGCCUUGAAAGAUCCA